CCUCCAUACCAACCUCCCUCCCUCUCUGGAGCUCCUGCUCUCUCCCUCUCCCUCCUCUCCCGUGCUCCCUCCCUCCCUCCCUCUUUCCCUCCCUCCUCUCCUCUCCCUCUCCUCUCCUGCUAUAGAGGGCUCCGACAGCAGUUCCCAGCCAGCGUGUUCAGCCUGCCUGCCUGCCUGCCUCUGUGUGUGUGUGAGCGUGUGUGCGUGCGUCUACUUUGUACUGGGAAGAACACAGCCCAUGUGCUCUGCAUGGACGUUACUGAUACUCUGUUUAGCUUGAUUUUCGAAAAGCAGGCAAGAUGUCCAGCACACCACAUGACCCCUUCUAUUCUUCUCCUUUCGGCCCAUUUUAUAGGAGGCAUACACCAUACAUGGUACAGCCAGAGUACCGAAUCUAUGAGAUGAACAAGAGACUGCAGUCUCGCACAGAGGAUAGUGACAACCUCUGGUGGGACGCCUUUGCCACUGAAUUUUUUGAAGAUGAUGCCACAUUAACCCUUUCAUUUUGUUUGGAAGAUGGACCAAAGCGAUACACUAUCGGCAGGACCCUCAUCCCCCGUUACUUUAGCACUGUGUUUGAAGGAGGGGUGACCGACCUGUAUUACAUUCUCAAACACUCGAAAGAGUCAUACCACAACUCAUCCAUCACGGUGGACUGCGACCAGUGUACCAUGGUCACCCAGCACGGGAAGCCCAUGUUUACCAAGGUAUGUACAGAAGGCAGACUGAUCUUGGAGUUCACCUUUGAUGAUCUCAUGAGAAUAAAAACAUGGCACUUUACCAUUAGACAAUACCGAGAGUUAGUCCCGAGAAGCAUCCUAGCCAUGCAUGCACAAGAUCCUCAGGUCCUGGAUCAGCUGUCCAAAAACAUCACCAGGAUGGGGCUAACAAACUUCACCCUCAACUACCUCAGGUUGUGUGUAAUAUUGGAGCCAAUGCAGGAACUGAUGUCGAGACAUAAAACUUACAACCUCAGUCCCCGAGACUGCCUGAAGACCUGCUUGUUUCAGAAGUGGCAGAGGAUGGUGGCUCCGCCAGAACCCACAAGGCAACCAACAACCAAACGGAGAAAAAGGAAAAAUUCCACCAGCAGCACUUCCAACAGCAGCGCUGGGAACAACGCAAACAGCACUGGCAGCAAGAAGAAGACCACAGCUGCAAACCUGAGUCUGUCCAGUCAGGUACCUAUUGCUAGCAUUGCUCGUUCUCCAGUGUCAGGCUGCGCACUAAGGACAUAAACUCGCGUGGUUGUUACACAUCAGGAGGCGAUGUUUAUUUCCUGUAGAAAUCAAAUAUGCGUCUCGGCCCCCGACAUUGAGACUUGACCCCGUUGUACAGUACACGAGUGUGUCUGUCCUAGAUUCCCCGACUCCUCCCACUGUUAUUUUAAGCUGAGCUUCUCUCUCCCAAGGUUUCCCUGUAAUAAUGUCAGCUGCUGUUCACAGGAUGUGAUGGUGGUAGGAGAGCCAACUCUGAUGGGAGGUGAGUUUGGGGACGAGGACGAAAGGCUAAUCACUAGAUUAGAAAACACGCAAUAUGAUGCGGCCAACGGCAUGGACGACGAGGAGGACUUCAACAAUUCACCCGCGCUGGGGAACAACAGCCCAUGGAACAGUAAACCUCCCGCCACUCAAGAGACCAAAUCAGAAAACCCCCCACCCCAGGCUUCCCAAUAAGAUGAUCAGCACCAGAAUCCACUGUCAAUAGGCCCGUGGGUGAUCAUUACAAUUGCAGAUCUUUACUUACAGGAGAGGAAACAGAAGAGAUAAAAACUUUUCCAUGCAAAUAUCUAUUUCUAAACCACAAUGAUCUGAUUUUCUUUCUUCUUUCUUUUUUUCUAAUUGAGAGGAUUAUUCCCAAUAAGCUUCCAUGACCCUUUCUUGGAGGCCUUCACAGGUAAUACAGAUACUGGCACUGAUUGUAAUUAAAACAAGAGAAAACUCUAGCGCAUCUUCUGGCACGGUUUUAACAACGUGUUUGUGUUGAAUUUCCUUUUUAUGCAUCAAACGAAGGCCAUAUUGUCCAUAAAUGCUCAGUGCUCAGGAUCUCAUUAAUAUGCUGAACCUAACUACAAAUGACUUUUUAAUAUUGUAAAAUAUUUUCUGCUUUUUGACUUGCAUCUGAGAGUUUCUUGUUUCAGUAAAAAAAGAAAAGACAAAAAAAUCAGCUUUGGAAAGUAAUUUAAAUGUACCUUAUUUUUUUUUCUUUAUGUUUUCUUUCAUUGGGCAACAGCUAAGAGGGCCCAGCAAGGUAAUUUAUGGUUGAGCUGAUGUCAAUUGGUUCUUGUCUUGAGUCGACUCAAUUUAGCCCAAGUGCUGAAACAAGAAAUGUCAUUUUUUUCAUCAAAGACACCAGGGCAGAUUUUUAAGUAAAGAAAGACAAUUGGACCCUUAAGAAUUUAUGCAUUUGUAAAGUUGCUGUUGAUCCAAAUAUUUUCAAGCCAUGUAAUCCAUUGGUUUUGUAGGCAGUUUAAUAAACCUGAACCUUUGUGUGUUUUCUAAUUGUACCUGAGUUGACCAUCCUUUCUUUUUAUAGUAUAUUUCUUGUAUGAUAUUUUGUAAAGCUCUCACCUGGUUCUUUUAUGGGGACUUUUCGUUUUUUGGGCAACUCCAGUGUAUUUAUGUGAAACUUUAUAAGAGAACUAAUUUUUCCAUUUGCAUAUUAAUAUGUUCCUCCACACAUGUAAAGACACAGUGGCUCCGUGUGUUAAAAAACAGCUGUAUUUUAUGUAUGCUUUACUGAUAAGUGUGCCAAUAAUAAACUGUGUUAAUGACCAAA